CGGACAUGACGAACACGUAAAUUCUCCUCUCUCCUACUCCUUUUUAUGAUAUAAUCCAAUAGAGUAGCGUACAACUGCAAUUCGGUUUGGUUUUUUCAGACACUGUAGUUCGGUCAAGGCAGAGGAUUUGUUUUCGCUCCUCUUGUUGACAAAUCUCUCUGCAGCUCGUCCAAACAGGGAUAUGAUGAUUCUUGACUGUAAACUCCAAUUUAUUGGGAAGAGUUCCUAUCCCCUGCAAGACAUCUGUGAAUCAAUUUGAAAGUAUCAUAUGGUAUUCUUGGAAACAACCUCUCCACAUAUUAUGCGAGAAAGGGGUGCACUUGAUCUGAUCAUGGAUGUUAAUGUCAGUACCCAGUAUAAUAAUAGAUGGAAGCAAAUGGGAUGUGAAGAGAAGAAGACAGCUGUUGACGAAGAAAUUAAAAGGAUGAAGCAACUCCCGUCGAACAGUGCUUAUGUUUCCCAUCGUUUGCGGGUCCUCAAUAAGAUUCUACAUCUUAUGUCUGCUGAGAGGACUGCAUCAGUGGAACAAGAGCUAGAGUUGCUUUUUGCCAAGCUGUCUUUGUAAAACAUUGUCUGGUGAUGAAGCAGAUAUGUUGAUGUCAGCAUUCAAAUCAGGUUCGGCAUGCUACUACAUCAUGUGAUCACGAUUCUUUAAAAGCUAGGUAUACUUUCAUUCCAUUGUUGAAUUUUCUCCCUUCAACACGAGGAGAGAAGAUGCAAAACUUUGGUAUUGUAUAAGAGCUUUGAUAGGCUGCUUCCCCCCCCCCCCCCCCCUCUUCCUUGUAUUUACUUGAAUAAGAUUUCUGAAUGUGAAACAGUGGAUUUCCGCCUAUGUGGGUGACAUGGUCUAGCCUUGUAAGAAAGGUAAAAUGGAUGUGUUUAAUUGGCUAACAUCAAAUCCCUGCAAAUGCUUCUGUAGACACCUUUAUUGUGUAAUGAACUUAGACUGUUCUUCUA